UUCAGAGAAAAAAAAAGUUUGGUCAGUGAAUGCGCAGUGAUUUUUCAGUGCGAAGAAAUCGCUUUGCAAAUGUCUCUGAAAUCGGUUCUCCUCUUAUUGGAAAAGGUGUCCAGCUUUCAGCUUUAAACUUCUUUUGAAACUUUUUUGAUUCCUGGAAGUUUUUUUUUUUUUUUUGCUAUUUGGGAAAGUUUGGGAAGAUAUGCGCGUUUCCACACUGGUCAGUGUGUCCUGGCCAAGCGGAAAAAUAAACCGUCGCCUUUUAUUUCUUUUCACCAGGCUUGGAUAGCGAGUUUACUCCAGUAUUCGGAUGCGUAGUGAGUUCUGCGGAUGAGUUUAGACGCGUUCAGAUUCAUGCAUUUCGGAGUUUCUGCGCGCAGUUGACGCGUCUUUGAGCGCUUCGGUCAGAUAAGAGGUUAACUGUUUAUUAUAGACUUUUCUUUGAGUCUUUGCUUCUUGGUUUGAAAUCAUGGACCCGAGCCAGCAUAACCCCCCAGCAGGACACCAGGUGGUCCAUGUCCGCGGAGACUCGGAGACCGACCUGGAGGCGCUCUUUAACGCCGUGAUGAACCCCAAAGGCGCCGCUGUUCCCCCAUCCGUGCCAAUGAGGAUGAGGAAGCUGCCAGACUCCUUCUUCAAACCACCCGAGCCUAAAUCCCACUCCAGACAGGCGAGCACAGAUGCAGGCACGGCCGGCACGCUCACUCCACAGCAUGUCAGAGCACACUCCUCGCCUGCUUCCCUGCAGCUGGGUGCCGUCACUUCCGGCACGAUGAGCACCCUGACCCCUCCAGGCACCUCCCCCCAGCACCUGCGCCAGCCCUCAUACGAGAUCCCAGAUGACGUGCCCCUGCCUCCAGGCUGGGAGAUGGCCAAGACCCCGUCUGGUCAGAGAUACUUCCUUAACCACAUUGACCAGUCAACCACCUGGCAGGACCCUCGCAAGGCCAUGCUCCAGAUGAACCAGACAAACUCAGCCAGUCCUGUCCCCGUCCAGCAGCAAAACCUCCUGAACCCAGCCUCAGGUCCUCUUCCUGAUGGCUGGGAGCAGGCCAUCACAGCAGAGGGAGAGAUCUAUUACAUCAACCACAAGAAUAAAACAACGUCUUGGCUGGACCCACGACUGGACCCACGCUUUGCUCUGAACCAGCAGCGAAUUACUCAGAGUGCUCCGGUAAAACAGGGCACCCAGCUACCCUCCAGCCCCCAGAACCCGGCCGUCAUGGGAGGGAACAACCAGAUGAGACUGCAGCAGCUGGAGAAAGAGAGACUGAGACUUAAACACCAGGAGCUGCUCCGCCCUAGACCACAGGAGCUGGCUUUGAGGAACCAGCUGCCCACCAGCAUGGAGCAGGACAGCGGCACUCAGAACCCGGUGUCAUCCCCUGGCAUGGGACAGGACGGCCGCAGCAUGACCACCAACAGCUCAGACCCCUUCCUUAACAGUGGGACGUAUCACUCCAGAGAUGAGAGCACAGACAGUGGCCUGAGCAUGAGCAGCUACAGUGUCCCUCGCACCCCAGACGACUUCCUGAACAGUGUAGAUGAGAUGGAAACAAGCGACUCCCUCGGACCCCCGUCCUUGGCAACCCAGCCGAGCCGCUUCCCAAACUACCUGGAUGAAAUCCCAGGCACCGAUGUGGACUUGGGCACCCUGGAGGGCGAGAGCAUGGCGGUGGAGGGCGAGGAGCUGAUGCCGAGCCUGCAGGAGGCACUGAGCUCCGACAUCCUGAACGACAUGGAGUCUGUGCUGGCUGCGACCAAGAUCGACAAAGAGAGCUUCCUGACCUGGCUAUAGAUCAGCUUUAACACACACUCCGCCUCCGCUCUCUUCACACUGAACUGCUGCCUAGGCCAAUCUGUGAAGGAUGUGUAGAUGCUUCGAGGUUUUUUGUUUUUGUUUUUUUUUGGUGUGGUGUUUUCUUUUUUUCUUUCAAGAGACAUUUCACUCUCUCAGACUUUUUUUUCCCCCACUCACUUUAACAUUAAUCACGGCUGGACUGGUUUCCUCUGGGGCUUUUGCCUCGUAAUAUAUAAACCACACAUGGCCGGAUUGGUUUUAAGAGCAGAUUUAAUCCCCCCCCCCCUUCCUUUUUUUUUCAUGUCUGCAUCCUCAAGGCUGGCCCAUGAACAGACAGUUAUUCACCCUCUCAUCUUAUACACUUGUAUAUGGUAUUGACAAAGUGUUGAACCCUCAUCCCUCUCGUAUACGACCUCAUCCUCUGCCUCACGCACAGCCUUGAACUGCAGUUUUCCCCUCUUUCUUUCGUUCACUACAAGCUUGGCAAACCAAAAAACACUCCCGAAGGCUGCUUGCAUGCGUGUGGAUGGUAAUGAGAUGUCCGUGAGCUUGAGGUUGAGAUCUUGAGGGCUGAACCUGUUGCUUUAGGAAGGCGGAUCAUCCCUGCUCGGCUGUGCCAGCAUUUUGAACUGUAAUCUGUACAAGUGCCUUCAGUUUGAUCUCUUAGCGCAGCAGUUCAAAACACUACUUUUUAACACUAUAUAUAUUUUUCGAACAAUUCUGACCGUGCUUUUUUUUUUUUGUCUAUUUACAGUUUUCAUUAAUCGAAAAUGUCUUUUAAAGUUUAUAUAUCUAUAUAUAUAUAUAUAUAUAUAUAUAUAUAUAUAUAUAUAUAUAAAAAUGCAUUUUGUUGGAAUUUUAUCAGCCUCAGUCUUAUUUAAGACUGAUUUUGUUUUCCUCUCCAUGUAUGAUAGAUCGAUUUCUUGUCUCGUAGUAACCGGUUUAUUAUCUAACACGGUUGCCUUCCAGCAUGUUGCCGUUGUUUAAUCAUCACAGGAUAGAUCGAACUGAUUAUCGCUGUUACCUAGUGCUCAGCAGAAACCAUCAGAUUCCGAGAGCUGUUUUCGUAUGUCGAUAUGUAGGUUUUUCAAUCAUUAUUCAUGUAUUUUUGCAUAUUCAGCGACAGUAUCGUUCAAAAGCAAGGAGCAGAAUGUCAGGAAAUUUUAUUGAUGAGGAUGAGAAUGAAGAUGAGGAUAGACGCCCGUUCGGCGUAGAAGCGAUGGAAGAGAUGGAUUUGCUAUGUUUCAAGCAGGAUAAAUUAAGCACGUCUUGAGGGUUUGCGGUUUAAAGCGGCGGUAAGCUGGUACUUGGUUCGGUAAUCACGAUUAGAUUUUAAUGGAAACAAUCAGCGGUAGAACUUGUCAGGAUUUUUUUUAUUUUGCUUUCGACGAAGCUUCCAAAGAGUGUAAUGAGUCUUUAUUUUUUUUCUCUCUCUCUCUCUCUCUCUCUCUUUUUUUUUUUUUUUUUUUUAAAGAAAAACAAAGUAAUUUAUCCUAUUCUUUGUGUGUAUACAUGUAGCAUAAGCUAAUGAGAGAAUGUCCAGCUGAUGAUUAGUCAGUGGAUACGUGAUGUGUUUCGGUCACAAAUCUCCCAUACUUAGACACUCAUCGAACAAGUUAACAAGAGCAAUCUGUUGGUCAGUCGUUUACAUUGUUGCAGAGCGAUAGAACACUACACACUAUAGACGCUUUAUAUAGAGACACAAUGUGUAUCUUUUAAGAUGUUUACAAGAUUAUUACCCCUCUCUACACACACUACUCAGAUGAUGAUGAUGAAUCUACACUUUUAAAUGUGAUUUUAUGUUUUAAAAGUAAAUGUUUGUUAAUGAACUAUCGAGGUUACUUCGUGAGUCAACAUGAACAAGGCACGUGCUGAUAACGGCUCAUGCUAUAUUUUUAUAGCUAUUAGCUAGUCGACACUACAAAAAAAGAAAGGCGUUCACUUCCCUUGCAUUCCAUUUUUCGAGGCAGCUGCCAAAGUGGGUGAAGUUUUUUGGGGGUUUUUUUGGUCUGUUGGUACUCCUGAGUAUUUCGUUCAGAAUUUCUAAUUUAAUAAAGCUCUCAUAAUGUCAGAUGAUAAAAUGCAAGAAUAUAUAUAUAUAUAUAUAUAUAUAUAUAUAUAUAUAUAUAUAUAUAUAUAUGUAUAUGUAAUUGAAUAUCAGCACCUGCCUUAUGUGAACAAAGAUCAAAACCUGUGAGCGAACUAUGCCGCUGUGACCUGAGCAAAUAGUGGACAAAAGACCCAAGUAGAAUGUUUAGAAUAGUAUCUAUUUUUACAGAAGUAUGGUGUUGGACACUAGAUGGAUUAAGCAGUGUUUGAUAUAGCAAUGCAACAACAAACAAACAAACAAACAAAAAAAAAGAGAUCACUUUUAUAAAUUGUUGGUACAGUGCUUGUAUUGCAUGUUUUUAACAGGACAUUGCUUAAAAUGUGUGUCACUUAAACAUGAUUUUAUGUGUAGUUAGUGUGCGACUCGAAAUAUAUAAUAACUUUUUUUUUUUUUGUAGCGGUAGUACUAAUCACUCAAGUUAAAGGAUUGGUAUUUAGAUAUCUCUAAAUGCACACAGAAUGAAUUUAUAUCCAUUUAUUAUGAUCUGUUUUGUUUGUUUUUUUUCCUUUCUUUUUUUAUUUUUAAAUAGAUUUAUGUGCAUGUAUCUUAGAACCUUAUGUUCUGUUACAUUCUAUCCCUUUGCAUAACGGAUAUAAAUGGAUGGGACUGUAAUAAAAAAAUAUAUACUUUGUUGUA